AUGAAUCAUUGUGUUCGUCUAUUACUACUAUUUACUCCGUCAUUAAUCGCUCUUGGUUUACUUGGCAUUGCAUUUGCUACAAAUUGGUGGACAAUUGCAUUAAAACGAAAUAUUCCAAAUGAAAAUUCUUUUAAUAUAUCAAGUGGCGAACGUAUUCAUACAACAUUAAUUCGUGUACCACUUUCACGUGGUUUAUUAACUGAAUGUAUUUCAUAUCGAAAUGUAAAAGUAUUAGUUUCGGAUACAUAUGAUUUUCGUGCUAAUUUAUCCUCUGAAGAUAAUCUUAAAUUAGCAAAUGAAAAUUGUACAAAUGAUCAAUUUAUGUGUAAAACAGGUGUUGCUAUUGCACGUCCUUUAACACGAUGUAUUAAUAAUCGACAAAAAUGUAAUCGUAUCGUUGAUUGUGAAGAUAAAAGUGAUGAAUUAGUUUGUGAUGGAAAUAUUGAUAGAAAUGAUCAAGAAUUUUUUCAAUGUCCAACUGGUUAUACGAAAUGUCAAGAUAGAAAAUCAUGCUAUCGAUAUAAUGAACAAACAUGUGAUGGUGUUUCAAAUUGUAUUGAUGAUUCUGAUGAAAUGAAUUGUAAUACAGAAAAAUGUCUUCAAAAUAAACGUAUCUAUUGUCCUGGAAAUGGUAAAUGUGCUCGAAGAGAAAAUGCAAAACGAUGUGAUGGUAUUGUUGAUUGUGCUGAUUAUUCCGAUGAAGAUAAUUGUGUCGAAUGUAAUAGAGAAUCAUCAACUAUUUCAUGCGAUAUGAAAUGUUUACCGGCUAAAUAUCGUUGUGAUGAUAUUGUUCAUUGUUCAAAUUUUUCUGAUGAAAUGAAUUGUGCAGAUUAUACAACAAAAUCAAAUCGUCAAAAGAAACUUACAUAUGAUGGACAACCAUGUAUUGAACAACAUUUUAAUCCAUUUCGUUUUUUUCCAUCAGUUAUUGAUAAAGCAUUAUUAGAAUCAUAUUCACAUCCAGAUCAACGUAUUGAAUAUCUUAAUUCAAUUUUUUAUUUAAAUUUAAUUGUAUUUUAUGGUAUUGCUGGUGGAUUAAUAUUUCUUUUAUUGGCUGUUGUAUCAUUAUUCUUUUUUGGUUAUUGUCGUCGACAUUGUAUUGUCGUACCAUUCUAUUUCUAUGGUGUAUGGAUGUUAUUAGCAUGGUUAUGUAUAUUAGUUGGUUUAAUUUCAUUUGUAUUUAUAUGGUUAUGGCAAAAACAAACGGUAUUAGACGAAGAAAAAAGUUUAACAACAGAUAUAAUGAUACAUGAAAGAAAUCCAACAUUACGACAUAUUGAAUUUUUUGGUUUAAGCUUUUGGUUAGCAUGUGGAGCAGCAUUAUCAACAUUUAUUGGUUUAUUAUUAUCAUAUUGUAUCUGUUGUACAGUUGGUUCAUCACGAGCUGAUGAUAAAGAAUACGAAAUAAUGCAUAUGCAUUCAUACUGA